CCAAGAUUCCUCUCUGUCCUAAUUUCACCUUUUGUGUCUGUAUUUAAUUUCUUGGACAGUGGUGAUGGAGUUCAUAGAGCUGGAACUCUUCUCCAGCCAUGGCUUCUGCCAUUGUUCCUGACAUCUGGCAGUGGACCAGAGGCCUCCCCAGCCCCAAGCAUUGGAGGGGAGAAUCAUACUCUCUUGAAAUCUGCAAUUCUCCAUCCACAAACCAGUCUCUGAACCUUGUUGUCAGCUGGCACUCUGAAACCCAAUCCUUCAGCCUUUCCUACUCAAUCCGUGCUGAACUGCAUGAUCCAAUCUCACUCUGGAGCUCCCAUUGCUCCAAAUCGAGGUCUGCUAAUGGCGGCUCAGAUGUUGCUGUCCACUUCUUGCACGAUAUCAUCUGCGGGGUCAUCAGGUACGGCCCUUGUUUCAGCAAGCCGCUCUUCAGGCUGCCAAAUGUUCAGGCGUCUGAAGAAGAUUCAGGCAAGAUCUUCAGCCUGGCGGCCCUCACUCUGGGGCUCAUGGUCUGCGUCUACGAAGCUCCGUCCACCGCCCGUCGAGAGCUCGUCGGCGCAGUCAGCGCGCAGCUGAUGCACGCCGACAUGCGGGGCGCCGCCGAGAAGCUGAUGCUCGCCAUGGGGCCAGGCAUGGAGGAGCAGUGGAUGCGGUCGCUGAAUCUUGCGGCCACCAACUGGGUCAUGGAGGCUCGCCGGUCAGGCGGCAUGUCGCCGGUGCUGCCUUUCAGGGUCUUCUCCUACGCCGUCUUGGCGGCGAGCCGGCGCCUGUGGAAGGUGCGGCUGUACUGCCCGGUGGUGGCCAUGGUCGUGGAGCGACCAGCUCAUCGGACAAAGGAUGAGAAGCUGCUCUUCUCACUGAACUACCAGCAUCUUGAGGCGGCGAUCCAGUUCGUCUACAGCGUCACCUUCAGGGAGGAAUGGAUCGACGUGAACGUCAAUGUCGACAGCAUAAGGUGUGAGCUUGUCCGUCUCGUGUCCGAGACGCUCAUGGCGAAGCAGGGCUACGGCUCCGACGAGAAGCACUUCCCGUCGAGGAUAUCUCUGCAGCUGAGACCACUGGUGCAGACGGACGUCCUCUCUCUGACGCUGCGCCGGUCGACGGAGGACAGCCCUGUCCGGGAGGCCGACAUGGAGAGCGGCCUCGACGGCGCAGCGCCGGCGACCACCGGCAUCGCCAUGUCGGCACACAGGACAGCGACGAGGACACUCGGGCCAUGGAAUUCCGAGCACUCGGUGCACGGCGACACGGCGUCGCUGAACUGGUCCCUGCACGGCGGCGGCGCCGAGGGCAGGGAGCGGGAGGCGUUCUCCGGCGAGCCGCCCAAGCUGGAGCUGCUCCAGCCACGGUCGUGGUUCAGGAACCGGUGCACCAACCCAGGCAGGCCGCCGGCGACGGCGAGGGGUGGUGGUGUGAUGUUCGCCGGUGAUGAACACGGAGAGGGCGCGUGCUGGAGGAUGGGCGCGGCGACCGCCGGCAAGACGGUGGAGUGGGAGAUCAAGGGGAGUGUGUGGGUGACGUACUGUCCCAGCAAGAGGAGGGCUGUGCAUGCUGAGACCAGGAGGCUGGAGUUCAGAGAGGUGAUGCGUCUCGCCGUCAGAGAGUAGAAGAGUAGAUGAACGCCUCCGGUUCUCCGGUUUCACGUUAUAAAACUUUCUGGAUUUAGCUAGAUUUGUUUGUAUGCUAAUAAAUCUAGACACAUAUAAAAAAUAUUAAUAUAUGGAUGAAUUUAGACAGAUCCAGAAAAUCUUAUAAUACGGAAUGGAUGGAGUAACAAUUUGCCAUCAUUUGUUGCAUGUUUCAACUUUUUUAGAAGGAAAUAAUUAGUGGUUAAUACUUCAGUAAAGUCUGUGAGGAUUUCUGCAUAAGUUCUCCUAUGUGAUACAUAGUUUCUAAUUGUUUCGGUCACUCUUAUGUACUGUUGCAAACAUAUGGAAAAAAAAAGAGA